AUGAACCCUGUGUUGAAGACACACCUUCAUGUAAAAUUGUUGGAUGAACCCUGUAUUGAAGACACACCAUCAUGUGAAUUGUUGGAUGAACCCUGUGUUAAAGACACACCAUCAUGUAAAUUGUUGGAUGAACCCUGUGUUGAAGAUACACCAUCAUGUAAAUUGUUGGAUGAACCCUGUGUUGAAGACACACCAUCAUGUAAAUUGUUGGACGAACCCUGUGUUGAAGACACACCAUCAUGUGAAUUGUUGGAUGAACCCUGUGUUGAAGACACACCUUCAUGUGAAUAUUUUGAUGAACCCUGUGUUGAAGACACACUAUCAUGUAAAUUGUUGGAUGAACCCUGUGUUGAAGACACACCAUCAUGUGAAUUGUUGGAUGAACCCUGUGUUCAGACACACCAUCAUGUAAAUUGUUCGAUGAACCCUGUGUCAGAUACACCAUCAUACACACCAUCAUGUGAAUUGUUGGAUGAACCCUCUGUUGAAGACACACCAUUAUGUAAAUUGUUGGAGGAACCCUGUGUUGAAGACACAUCAUCAUGUAAAUUGUUGGAUGAACCCUGUGUUCAGAUACACCAUCAUGUAAAUUGUUGGAUGAACCCUGUGUUCAGACACACCAUCAUGUGA